AAUUGAAACUAAAAUAUCAAACGGAAAACCAACCAUCAUACUGCGUAACACUGAUCAACGAUUUGGAAUAUUAAACCAACAGAGGUAACAAUGGCGAACGACUAUCUUGUUUCAAAAUGGAGGACAUGGUUUGGCUUUUUUGAUCACAACAAAGAUGGAAAAGUUUGCUACGCGGAUAUGGAAACUGCCAGGGGCAAGUUUACAAAUCUACACCAUUUGGAAGGUGAGAAGAAAAAGAAAUCAAACGAUGCCUUCACAAAAUGGUGGGUUGAGUACGUUAUGUGGGGAAGUCAGGAAAUCACCGUAGACCAGUUUAUUGAACGCCAAAACGCUGCUUUCAAAGCCGACAAAGAGAAGUUUAUUGAAAGAAUGCAUAAAUGCGAGGAGAUAAUCUGUGGGUUUGUUGAUGUUGCAGGGGACGGAUACAUGUCUGAGCAAGAGAUCUUGAUCAUUUUGAAAGCUGGUGGGUAUGGCGACGAAGCCAAAGACAAGAAAUUUUUCCAGGAAUUCAACCCUAAGGGUGGCAAGAUUCCUGUAAAGGAGAUGAUAGAGUUGUGGACACACUAUCUUACAUCUGAGGACAGUUCAAUACCGGAUCCAUGCAAGAAGGGAUUUGAUGAUGUCGGCAUCUAAUUCAUUUUGAGUGCAAUUUCAAUUAAACAUUUAGAUAGCCUAUCUUGCACAUAAAAGAAACGGAAUAUAAAACUAUGAAAUUAAAGAUCAUUGUACAGUUGACCUUUAUUAUUUUGUCAUGCAUGACGUUAUAUUUCAUAUUUGAUGCCAUUGAUAAAUAAUAAAAUUAAUCAACUGA